GGACUGAAUAACUUGAAUUUGGAUUUCAUUAUUGUCCGUUCUUUUAAUCAGUUAGCUUUUCCUAUUUCAAUAUAAUACUUGUACCUCUAUCUUUUUCUUCUCCAGUAUUCAAAAUAUACAUGAAAUGCUUGAAUAUUCAGAGCAACGAAAAUCUCUCAAAUUAAAAAAGCUCUUCUGUUCUCAAACAGAUAAUUUAACAUUUUCAAAAAAGAAAAAAGGUCGUGUGGCACUUGAUAUAUCUGCACCCAUCUUACAGAGUCCAAUGUCAACCAUCGGCCUGGCUAUUUCGACCUCUUCUAAUGAAACAGCAUUUGGCUCAGCCAAUAAACGACGACCACCAGAAGAUAGCCAUCAACUUGCGUAUUUACAGUCAAUCGAUUCACAACGAAACAAAAGUAAUAAUUCUGUAUCUCCCUCGCCUUAUGGAAAUGGCUGCUCAGCACAAUCAAAAAAUGGGAUUAUAACUGAUAAAAACACUUUCCUUGUACAGAAAGCCUCAAGAGGUCGAAACAAUCCAUUAGAUGUACGACGGACAGUUGCUACAGACCUUCGUGGUCACUGUAACCUUCUUAGAGAUCACAAUUAUUACAACUAUUCUGACUCUACGUUUCAGGAAAGUAUCUCAACAGAAGCAAGUAGAAGGCAUUCAUGUUCUUCUGUAGUUAUGUCUACUGUUAAUGUGAGACAACAGCAGCAGCAGCUUCAACCGCAGAAAUGUUACUCUCAUCAUCAACAGGCGUCAACAUUAGAAUCAAGAACUCUUGAAUCGAAGUCAAUAUCAAAAAGUAAUGGAAAGCAUAUACAAAGCAGUAAAUCCUUCAGUAAACUAAAGCAAUGGAAUAAUAAAGUUGGGACAGUAUCAUCUACGGCCGCUGUUUCUAUAGAGUUAAAACCGAGCAGAUCAACACCUUUACGUAAAGUGAAGACUUAUAACAUUCCCAAAAAGCUGACACCUGCGGAGAAAGAGAAACAGCGUAAAAUGCAAGAACUGGAAGACUUGAUUAGUGGUCGCCGAGGGACCUUUAAUAAGUUUUACCAAAAGUCUUUGAAAAUAACAGCAAUAUCAUCGCGCAGAAUUACUUUGAAUAAUCAUUUUAAUAAUGAGGCUUACACCAUUACAUCAGUAUAUAAGUUGCUGAAUCCUCUAUACGUAACCAAAAGACAGAUACAAUACAUAUUGUUCGAAGCAUGCUUCAAGCUCCUAAAUCUUGCCAUUGGUCACAUGUCCAUACACCAAGUAAUGUCUAAUGCCUUAUCGCUGGGUUAAAGCGAUAUAAAAUCGCCUACGUUGACG